AUAAGUUUUAUUAAAUAAAAACUUAUUUUUGCUCACUAUUUGGUUUGAAUUGACAGCUAUGACAUCACAAUAUGGCGCCCUGUUGGUCAUAUUCUUAGUUGAAUCGCAUUAUAAAGUAUAGUGUUGAAAAGAAUCUAUAAAAAAUUGAUAUAUUAUAUAUCUAUAUAUUAUAGAGUGCCAAUAGCUUGUUCUCUCAUUGAUUCUAUGCAAUGGCUACCAAUUCCAUAGUGGUGGAUCUAAGAUCCGAUACUGUAACUAAACCGUGUCAAGCUAUGAAAGAUGCUAUGUCCUCUGCCUCAGUAGGUGAUGAUGUUUAUGGUGAAGAUCCCACUGUUAAUCGUCUGCAAACAGAGGUGGCCCUCUUGUUAGGAAAGGAAUCAUCUUUAUUUGUACCAUCUGGUACUAUGGCUAAUCUUAUUGCUGCAAUGGUGCAUUGCAACAAAAGGAGUGCGGAAAUGCUGUGUGGGGAUCUGUCACAUGUUUUUAAAAGAGAAGGUGGGAUUUCUCAUCUUGUAGGGGUGCAAGUGAGUGCUUUAAAAAACUGCUCUGAUGGCACAUUUAAGUUGGAUGAUUUUGAAAAACAUAUAAGAGGUGCAGAUAUACAAGAGCCAAUCACUAUGAUGGUUUCUAUUGAAAAUACACACUCUUACUGUGGUGGAAAGGUUCUGCCACUGCAAUGGAUAGAAAACCUUGCGCAGGUAUCAAGGAAACAUGGAGUAGCCGUGCACAUGGAUGGUGCUAGAUUAUUCAACGCAUCUGAAUACCUCCGCGAAGAUCCUGCAAGAUUAGUUCGCGACUGUGAUAGCGUCUCAUUCUGUUUUAGCAAAGGAUUAGGGGCUCCUGUUGGAUCAAUUCUUGCUGGGACCAGGAGAUUCAUUGAUCAAGCACGCCGUUUCCGCAAGAUGUUAGGCGGUGGUAUGAGACAGGCAGGCGUCAUAGCGGCAGCAGCUCUGGUCAGCUUGGAACAAUCUGUGCCCUCACUUGAUGCAGAUCAUCGACGAGCGCAAUAUCUUGCCAAAGAAAUACAAAAACUCAAACUCCCGAUUUGCACUGUGGACACAAUUAAUCAGCAUACAAACAUAGUACAUGUUAAUAUAAGCGAUAAAACAAAUAUUACAAGUGAAAAAAUUGUUGAUCGUUUAUAUACUGUGAGUCAAUCAGAAACAAAUGGAGAUUGCAAGACAUCAGAAGGUCUUUGCAUUGUUGUUCGAGGAAGUGCAAAGCCAGAUUCCAAAACUCUCCGGUUUGUUUUACACCAUGACAUCAAUGACGCAGAUUUGAAACUCGCUGUUAAAAAAGUAUGCUUUGUGCUUACCGAAAUGGAUAAAAAUAAAUGAUUUUCAUAUUUA